AAACUAACAUCACAUUAGAUUCAAACAAGAAACUAAAGUACUCCUUCUCUCUGUUUUCUUCUGUUCCUAAAUAUUUUGUUGCAGUUGAGGAUUCAUAUAAUUACAUGGCAGGAAAUAACAACUACACAGCGUACAAUUCGCAGGAAACAUCAUGGGCAGAUCAAUGGGAUCCACAGCCAGCUGCAAGUAAUUAUAAUUAUGACAAGAAAAGUGGAAAUAAUGGUUCUUCAAAUAAGAUUUCCAGUAAAGUUGGAGACACCUUUGGGAAAACUAAAUCAGUAGCUUCAACUGGGGUCAAGAAAGUAAAAUCAGGUGCUACUGCUGGUUUUCAGUGGAUCAAAGACAAGUGUCAUAAGCCUACCCAAAACCAUUAGUACUAAUAAUUUUUUAUUUUAUUGGAUCAGUUAUGUUACUAUUGUUUCAUUGGUUGGUAUAUUAUCAUUCCUUUUCUUGAUUUUUCUUUUUUACUUUUAUUUUGUUUGUGUAUAUUGAAAAGUUGAAGCAUUAUUAACAAGUCCUGUUGUGCUUGUGCAUUACCGGGUGUAUGGAGUAAUCUUUUGUUUGUUCCUCCAUUUUUUAAUCCAUCCAAUGAAUAAACAAGUAUUGUAGUAAUUUAUUGUUCA